UAUCAAACCAUAUAGCAUAUAGCAGAACCCUAAUCUCUCUCUCUCUCUUACAGCAGGAGCGGAAGUGCAGCAGCAGCAGGAGCCAUGGGUAUUGAUUUGGUCGCCGGAGGUAAGAGCAAGAAGACCAAGCGCACCGCCCCUAAAUCCAAUGAUAUUUACCUCAAACUCCUAGUCAAGUUGUACCGGUUUCUGGUGAGGAGAACUGGCAGCAGGUUCAAUGCGGUGGUGCUCAAGAGGCUUUUCAUGAGUAGGGUUAACAGGCCCCCUCUUUCUCUCUCCCGUCUCAUCAGCCUCAUGAAUGGCAAGGAGGACAAGAUUGCAGUGCUUGUUGGAAGUGUUACUGAUGACAUGCGUGUUCAUGAAGUUCCUGCUCUGAAGGUCACUGCACUGAGGUUCACUGAGACAGCGAGGGCAAGAAUUGAGAAGGCAGGUGGAGAAUGUUUGACAUUUGACCAGCUUGCUCUUAGGGCACCGCUCGGGCAGAACACGGUACUGUUGAGAGGUUCGCGAAAGGCUCGUGAGGCUGUGAAGCACUUUGGUCCAGCACCUGGUGUUCCACACAGCCACACCAAGCCUUAUGUUCGUGCCAAGGGAAGGAAGUUUGAGCGUGCUAGAGGAAGAAGAAAUAGCAAGGGCUUCAGGGUUUGAGCUGAUUUAUAGUUUUAUGAUGUUUGAUGUGGAAGUUGUGUUUCCCAAAUUCUAUGUGCUAGAUUGUAUCCCUAGUGACGGGGUUGCCAGAAUUUCUUGUUUCAAGUGCUUUUUGGAAAAAAUUCUUAUAUGUAGUGAUCUUUUUUGGGAACAAUUUUGGACUGAUUUCAUGGAAAAAUGUUUAUCUCCUUGGGAGUCUCAUAUUUUCUUCA